CAAGCCCAGAACAUGUCAGCCUCCUUGCUGCGCCGGGGCCUGGAGCUGCUGGGGGCGCCGGAGGGCCCCGAGACGGCUCCGGGCCCGGCCCAGGCGAGCGGGGCCUCGGGGAAGCGGGCGAAGAGGAGAGCGAAGGCGGCCCAGGCCCAGCAGCAGCUCCGGAACUCGGCCAAGGGGAAGGUGCCCAAGUCGGCGCUGGUGGAGUACCAGAAACGCCACGGUCGGAGCCACCUCCGGGAAAACCUGAAACUCCUGAGCCAGUUACGGAGCCCUGUGUCUGAGGCCAUCACCCAGCAGAUCGUGCAGCAGAACCAAGGUCGCAAGGCUUGUGAUCGGCCUGUGGACAAGACCAAGAAGAAGAAGGCCGAGGGCACCGUGUUCACAGAGGAGGACUUCCAGAAGUUCCAGCAGGAAUAUUUUGGCAGCUAAGACCAUAGCAGAGUAAACGGGGCAGCCUAGCUCAGGGGGCCCCUGGAAGACUGACAUUGGCCUGGAGUAGGAGGGUCUUCUCAUAUUGACUUUGGCAAUAAGGACAGCGCUUACAAGGGCUGGGGCC